UGGGCCUGUCGUGCUGGUGGUGGUGGUAGUACUACGACUUACACGGAAGCCCGUCUCAAUUUUUCUAGGUUUUGCCCUCCCUCCUUCUUUCCUCUUGUUCUCUCUUUCUUAGCCUCUUUUCUAACGCUUGCUUCUCUCAUUAUUCCUGACUUUUCUCAAGGUUUCUGUUUCUCCACCUUUUCCCCAUUAAUCAUACUUAAACUGUUUUAAAAUUGCGAUUGGGUGGUGUCUGUCAUGCGGAAGGCAAGCUCCGUAAUGAAAAAGACACUUAUACCGGGAACCACUCCCGGUAAGGCAUCUAUGCCACAUUCGACGACAACGGCGGAAGGCAAUAGUAGUGGUAGCAGCACUAGUCAUUGGCACGAACAGGACGAUAGUAAAACGACCACGGCAACGACGACAAAAGCAGCACCUACUACUUCUGCUCCUGGUGCUACGACGUCCUCUAAUACGACCACGUCUGCUAAUGCUGCUGCUGCUGGUGACCAGCAGCGACGAGCUACUGGCAAAGACAACAAUAGUAACAACCAUACCGAUCUUUUGGCAUCUCAAGAAUCGACAACAGCAAUGUCAACUACAAGUGCAGAAUUAGGACCUGAUAUUCCCAUUUUGCCUUCCACGUCGACAUUUUCGCUUGCUGGCAAAGAUGACAAAGGAGAAAAACAAAGAAAGAAAGCAAAGAACUUUUUGGACGAACGUCAAAAGAUAAAAUCCAGAGCACAGAGUUUAUGGAGCUAUAUUGAUGCAACAAACACGUUUGAUCAGGCGCGUUUCUUUCAGGAGAACGCCGAACAAGUAUUCCAUGUCGUCUAUGAAACGUGUAUGCAUCACAUCGAAAAGAUCAAGCAAAGAAGCGAACGUCCACAGUCAUGGUCAUCAAAAGAGCUCGUGAAUCUGCAAAAGAAUUUGCUGUUGUUUCGUAAAAUCUUCCUCUAUGUCCCUGAACUUAUGCGAAAUGGGUGGCAGAGAAAGAAUAUUGCCAAAAUACUGACAUAUAUCUUGGAUCAUGGCAACCACCUACGAUUACGUGCCCUGGGCUUUCAUUUGUUAUUGUUAUGGCUGAACGACCAAGUCGUGGAGUAUCCAGAAUGUAUGGAGCUCUUCGCAAACGCUAUAUCGCUUGACUUGUUUGUUCUCGACGAGAUCCGACCAGUACCGGCACCAGCAUCGCAUACUUCCAAUGACGCUUCAAAUCCUCCAGAAGAAAUCACUGCGUCAAAGUCCCAUACAGCCGGCUUGCAUUUCGUGCGAAAGCUGAGCGAACGACAUGCCGAGCGCUCUUUUGGACACGCUUUGGAACGCGAUGAUCGCGUCAAAAAGUCUAAAUUUAAACUACACCAGACCUUAAUUCGCGGAGACGAGCAAGCGCCAUUAUACCCUAGUCCUACCUCUCCUACUUACAACGAUUCUAUCGCAUUACUUCAUAUCUUCCUUUCCAACCUUGUUCGGCUGGCUUACGUUGCUGCCGGAUCUCCUCCCCCGCCCGAUGACUACGAAUACCCGCCAGGCGACAGCGUAGAAGCUGACGAUGGAAUUGCAACUGGUGUUGGCAUUGAUGCAGCUACAGCAAGCGCGAAAUUUCUGUUUCGCAUAUUCAGAACAUACUAUUUAACGAAAUUCACGCCUCAGGUUGCAAGGCAGCUCCAAAUGGACGGUGUGCCCCCAGACAAUGCAGAGAAUUACGGAUUUCCCAAAUGUCCGCCUAGCAUUUUGCGGACCUUGCUCAGGUUCCUUAUCGGCUACUGUUUGGAUAACAGCUACGGCAGCAAUUGGUCACAUAUGCCAACAGCUAUCUCAGCAUCUUCUCCAGCAACACCCAUUCUCAAGUCAAUCGUCCUUUCAUCCUACGAAACGCGUGAAAUGUUACACGAAAUCUUACGCCAAUCGUUAGUACUCCCAUGCACAAAUCCGAGUUAUCGUGACAUUACACGCGGCGCAAUCCAUAUUCUCGGUGUCUGGAUCCUUGGUAAUGAAGAUGAACGACCGUCGUUUUUGCGAAGGACAGGAAGUUGGACAGCUAUUGCAUCGGCGGGACACCCUGGAAGCGUCACAAGAUCCAGUAGUUUGGCCUCAGUGCCGACUACAUCCAGUUUUAAACCAUCUGACGCAAAUACGAACAACAAUAAUAAUGAUUACGAGGACGAUUAUAAGCAUGCUGAUGCGAAUCGGUUCCUGCGACGCUAUUUUCUCAUGAUCAAGCUAGUGUUUGAGGACCAUUGGCAACGAUUCAAGAAGCACCCUGAAUCCAAUGCUCAGCUUGGAACCGAGUGGGAAGGAUUGAUCGUGUUGUACAAGGACGCCAUUAACGUAUACCGAGCCAUCACUGUUUGUCGCGGAGGAAUUGAUAUGGAAUGGGAAAGUUGGGAAUUGCUUUUGCAUUGUCUGCUCGAUAUUCAAGACUGGUUCAUGAAUCAGCCUAUCAAGUAUACGUGCAUACCCGUGCAAUCGCUCGCAGACGAGCUUUCAGAUUAUAUUUGCGAGACGUUGCUUCAUGCAUUUGCGCGUGCAAGGAUAUCCCAUAUGGAAUUGUGGAAAGAGCUAAAAAUGCAUAUGAUUUAUUCAAUGCGAUGGUCGCAAACGCUGGGGCAAUGGACAAAAAUCAUGCACAAGCUUACUCGGGUGGUGUCAUCUCGGUUAUACAAGGUUGAAUAUGAUAUUUCAGAAAAACACGUGCAAGACGAAACCCGGAAUCCGGUUCUCUCAAGUAGCGUACCGACGAGCGGUCGCACGCGCAACAAGGUACGUUCACGGCACUUGAGCAUUCAAGGCGACCUGUGGCCAAUCAAGCAUGCCGCUGGGAGGCCGCUGUCGGCGGGAGCAAGCGAUGGCCAACUUGUUGAUAUGAUUGCUCAGGACAAGGUAUUCGCGCAAGCCGAUAGCACCAAGCAAACAGACAAGCCUGGUGGUGGCGGCGAGCAAUUUGUUGACGCGACACAACAACAACAACAACAACAACAACCGCCAUUCACAAUAACGACGCCUCCUGUCAUGAUUAUGCGCAACACAAGCAACAUUUCACUUUCCGAAAAAGGCAGUUCCUCCAAAGCUUCUGAUCGCCGUUCCGCGUAUCUUGGUGAUAUUGAAGAUGUGACCCUGUUGGAUGAAGAGACUUUACAACAACAACAACAAAAUAACAACAGCACCGUUCGCAGUGGUGGGAGCAGUAGUAAUGUCGCUGGAGGAGCUGGAAAUGUCAAGUUUGGUAUCAAAAAUAUUAUACCUACUUCAUCAUUUUCGACAAACACGAUCCCAACAUCAUCACAACAGCAACAGCAACAGCAGCAACAAACGCCGGUAGUUUAUCCUGCCAGCGGAGUAGCGUCGAUUGGUGCAGGCUCACAAAAGCGUGGGCAGGGUGGUAGUAACAGUCGCCGCACCCAUGGGGAUAACGAAGGACCCAUGACCUCAUCCAACCAUCGAAGCGCAUCUGUUAAAGAGGAUGAUGAGAGGAAAUCUCGGGCCGGUGACUGGGAUCGUCGUAGCGCAAGUAGUCUUGCUAUUGACGAAAACAUGACCGUAUCCAGCAAGUCGAACCGAACAUCCGUAUCAGCUGGUUUACCACAAGGAGAGCUUGUGGCGCUUACAACGAAUAUGUCGGCUGUCCAUGAAAGGUUACCAGCUGGUCUGGGCGUUUUCCGAUGCUCUGAAUUUCUCAAUUUGUCAAACCUACGUGCGGACGGAACUGUAGUGCUGGGUGUAUGGAAGAACAUGCUGUGUGCGACUGGAAAUGUGAAUGAGAUAGAGGAUCCACAAAACUACGCUGUAGCGAUGGGCUGUGUUGUCGACAUAUGGGAUACUUUAUCUUGGAUCCGAUCGCGGCAACCAUAUCAUAGUGUCCCUCGUCCUGCUUUAUACGAGGUUGGACCGUGGCUAUUGCAAGCAACCCAGCUGUCAGAGGCCUAUGAUACAGGACGUGCUUUGGCUUUUGGCUGCCUUUGCCGAUUGAUGUCUCGACGAUCGGAAGAGCCUGUUUCUGCACAGUACUAUGCUCAUUUCUAUAAAGCGGUGCUAAAGGGAUUGUCUUCCGGCGACACAGCCGUAAUCCAGGCCAUCAUUCAAAAUUCUGGGCGUGUGUUUUCAUGCUGCUUACCUGGGGUGUAUAUAUUGAUACCAUCGUUCAUUGCAGCCAUUGAAAGUCAGUUACUGGAUGCGGAUUCUGUCCGAGACGUCCCUACAAGCGUUAGGCGAGGAUGCAUUACAAUCUUAGGCUCUCUCGUAUCCAUCUCUAACCAUUUAGCAGAUAUCAAAUUGGAUGUGAGCAAAGAGUGGAUUGGCCAGUUUUCUGAGGAGGAGCUAUCUUUUACCGACAUUAAAGUGUGGUUAAAGAAUCUUUUGUUGCGACUUGUAAACGCAGACACGAGUCCUGAAAAGAUUGAGCAGAACACUGAUGCCCAUUGCAUGCUACUUGGAGCUAUCAGCGGUCUUGCGUUAGAUGAGAUAUUGCAGUCGGAAAGACCACAACAAGAUAUUGUUUAUGAGACCCUCUUGGCUAUGGUGAACCAUCUGUAUUGGAGCAACAUAUCCAUCGUCAAUACCGUCGUCGACUGCUUGAAUACACUCGCGCAAAUAUACAAGGAGGAUCUUGAUCCUGAUGGUGUGAUAGUACAAGAAGUGCUUACGCGGGUCAUUGAUGCGUUGAACGUCCACCUCAAGUAUUACGAGCGCAACAGCCGCGACGGACGUGGAUUUAUCAUCUCAAAGCUAUUCAGUUGUCUCUUGGAAUGGCUGAUGGUGAUAGAGCCAAUGAUUCUUUCCGAAACAGAACUCUGUCAACUCGUCUUUGAUGUGAUUGAAUAUGCACUACAUGUUACCUCGGAGGGAGGCUCAGAGAAGCUUUUGCCGCAUCCUCCGGUAAUGCGUAGCAACACAUCCAAAAAGAAAGAGCUGCCUUUCAAGUUCAAAUUAAUUACCGAAAAGCGCCCUACGCUUCAUCAUGAAUAUGUGAGCGUGAUCAGUGGCUCAGAGUUUGCUGAAAGCGAUCACAGCUAUGUCAAGGAAUCCGCUGAAGCCGUUCUCCUGCACUUGCUGCAUCACUUUAAUAACUUUGCACCGCCCUUCGGUCCAGCAACUAUUCACAGCACAAUUGUUGGCCCUGGCGUUGCAACAGAAGACAAGUCAGAGUUCCUCAAAUACCAGUAUUUCUCAUUCAAUGACACGACUAUCAUUGCUUUUGUCGAGUUGCCGGAAACCGAAACCGAAGGCCCACAAGCCAGAGUGAUUGUUCGCGAUUUGACUGGACGAUAUGUGUGGGAUGCUCAUGCCGAACCUUCAAACAAGAACUUGGAAAAGCCAAGGCCUCGCUCGGUGACCAACUCGCUGGACGCCAAGGAUCAAGGUUUCUCGUUACGGCCAGGCGUACGGGUGCGACCCACUUCAAGUGAACCUCUUGACACAUCAAUGCGACGUUCUGCUCCUCGGAUAGACAAGCUAGGAGAACUUAUGAACAAAAUUGGAGAAUGUAAUCCUGAUUGCCAAACAAACGUCAACACACCAAUACCCCUUACACAAUUACAGAGCAACAUGGUUGGCCGGUUCGGCGAGCAGUUGAAUGAGUUUCUAGAGGAUGAACGCAGGAACAACGAACAACAAGAAUCAGAUGCUGGUUUAUGGUAUUCUAAAAUGAACAUCCUGCGUCGUAAAGAGGCAACGGACCGCACCGACUCAUUACACGCACAUCUGACGGCCAAUUUUUCGAUACGAAAGGAUUUCCUGCCUGCGUUCCCGCACGAAGCCGAGAAGUCGCAUGUACCGUUUCAACAAUGUCGAUUAUUGCUCAGUCACCUCGGGUUUAUCAACUAUGACCAUCUGAAAGAUGGUUCAUUUCAAAUGUUGAACAAAACACCGGCGCUGUACCGCGAUCUGCGAGGAUUGGAUCGUAAACAAGGUCGGGAAACAAUGAAGAUUGCGGUGAUAUACGUCGGUCCUGGGCAAGAAGACGAACAAAGUGUCCUGCAUAAUAGUGAGGGCAGUGGCAUGUACAAUGCCUUCGUGAAUAGCUUGGGAUGGGAAGUCGAUAUUGCAACGCACACGGGCUAUCUCGGCGGUCUUGAGCGUAAUCUCACGAAUGGUACGCGAACGAACUAUUACUGCUCAUCCACUUUGGAAAUGAUAUUCCACGACGUUACCAAGAUGCCCACCGAAACUGAGGAUCCCAAGCAGCUCAAGAAGAAACGGCACAUUGGGAACGAUCAUGUUCAUAUUGUUUGGAACGAACACGAUCGGGAUUAUCGAAUUGGAACGAUUGGCGGCGACUUUGGAAACGCGCAGAUCGUUGUGACUCCUAUGGAAAAUGGAUUAUUCGCCAUCCGUGUCUAUCGGGAUCCAAAGAUUCCGUACUUUGGUCCGCUCUUUGAUCGCAUGGUUGUGUCACAAUCGAUCCUUGGACCUCUUGUAAGGGCAACAGCCGUCAGUGCAUUCCGUGCGGCGAUUCAUACCAAUAUCUACUCGUUCUACAAGAGUGUCUUUGCACAGAGAGCAAACGAUGUCAAGACGAUAGCUCAUCGUCACAAAGUUGCAAACUGGACUUAUGAGCAGUUCAUGGAGAAGGUCUUCAUGCCAAACGAUGAAUAGAAUAUCACACAUACACCCACAUAUCACAUACAAACACGCACAUUCACUCACUUAUUCAAACUACUUUAUUCAUACUACAUACCAAAGCAACACCCCCCUUAGUACCUCUUAUUACAUUCUAAUUACCUAUAUUAUUGCAUGCACUUUGUCUCAGAAUUUUCUUAUAAAGAGAACACAAUGGAUUGUUCCACAGUUGAUGCAAAAAAAAAGUCGUAUAAAAAUG